UCUAUAAAUAGAUUGCACAUGAGGCAUUGUAAUUUUGUUACUAAAAUAAUAAAAAAUAAUAAUUACCAAAAUGUUUUCGUUUGACGGACGAACGUAUAUCAUAAAUAUAUUAAUCACAGUUCUGUACAAGUAAUAUUUAUAAUGUUGUAUAUUGAUUUUAAGUCAGUCUCACAUAGGGAGUCGCGAAAGUAUUCUGUUUUAGUGCGUAGUGUUUCGAGAUGCUUACAAUAAUUUUAAUAAUUGUGCUGUUUAUUUGUUUCAUUCAUUUGGCACUAAAUUACAACAGCACAGCUAGGUUAAUGAGAAAAAUACCAGGACCUAAGGAAACAUUUAUUUUCGGACAUGCUCUUAAGAUUAUGGUGUCGCCAGUGGAACUGUUUGCUUUGGGUCGACAGUGGAGUUCUACUUUCAAAGAUAUAUACAGGUUCUAUGCAUUCCCUGUGGCUUCAGUUAACAUAUACAAUCCAGAAGAUGUAGAGACAAUUACUUCCAAUAUGAAAUAUCAUGAGAAAAGCCUCAUUUACAAGUUUUUGGAGCCAUGGCUUAAGGAGGGAUUGCUGAUCAGCAAUGGUACCAAAUGGCAGCAUCGAAGAAAAGUUUUAACUUCAGCAUUCCACUUUGACGUUCUGAAAAAAUAUUUUGAUUCUAUAGACGGAAAUAGUCAAAGACUUGUUAGAGUCCUCCAACAAACUAACGGUCAAUCUGUAGAUGUUGUGCCAAUAUUAUCAGAAUAUACACUCAAUACUAUCUGUGAGUCGGCAAUGGGCACUGCUUUGAGUGACGAAUCCUCUAGUGAAGGGAAAAUGUAUAAAACUUCUAUUUAUCAGAUGGGACAUACACUAUUUCAAAGAUUUAUUAACAUUUACCUUCAUCCUGAUUUUAUUUUUAAUUUAUCUUUUCUGGGAAGGAAGCAAAAACAACAUUUGUCAGUUAUUCAUAAUUUUACUAAGAAUGUUAUCAAGAAUAGAAGAAAACUACUUGACAUUGAUAAUAUAUCCGAAACUAAAGUUGCCCAAGCAGAUGGUAACAUAAGUAAUGUUUUUAAAAAGAAGAAAGCUGCCAUGUUGGAUCUAUUACUUCUAGCAGAAAAAGAGGAAUUGAUAGACGGUGAUGGAAUACAAGAAGAAGUUGACACAUUUAUGUUUGAAGGUCACGACACUACUCAAGCUGCGUUAACUUAUUGUCUAAUGUCUUUGGCAAACGAGGAAUUUGUGCAGCAAAAGGCGUACGCUGAACAAGAGUGUAUAUUUGCUGGCGACAACCGUCCUGCAACCCUAGCCGACUUAACAGAAAUGACCUAUUUGGAAUGUUGUAUCAAAGAAUCAUUACGACUCUAUCCACCUGUACCGUUCAUUAGCAGGAAAAUUAAUGAACCGACAACUCUAAGCAACUACACCAUACCUGCUGGAGCUUCGUGCCACAUCCAUAUAUAUGAUUUGCAUCGUCAAGAAAGCAUCUAUAAGAAUGCUCUAAAAUUCGAUCCCGAUCGCUUCUUAAAAGAAAAUUCAGUCGGCAGACAUACUUAUGCAUACAUACCAUUUAGUGCGGGCCCUAGAAAUUGUAUCGGUCAGAAAUUUGCAAUGAUGGAAAUGAAAUCAUCUCUCUCCGCCGUAUUAAGAAAUUUCAAAUUGGUUCCCGUCACUUCACCAGAUGAUCUUUGCUUUAUAUCUGACAUAGUCCUCAGAAAUCAUGCACCAGUGUAUGUUAAAUUUAUAAAGAGGAAUAAAUAAUGCUAAUAAAUUA